AUGUAACCAUCAUCCAUUGUACUACUGCAUCACAUACACUAGGUCAUCCCUGUCUUGUCUCCUUGCUUAUUAUACAAUCCCUAUAUUCACCAUUUUAAAACAUUUUUGUUAUAAUAACCACACGUACAAUGUAGCAGUAUUGUAUAUGGCAUCAAUUUUUAUGCUUGAAGUGAAAUUUUUUUGCAGAUCCUCAAUUUUAGACAGACCUUUACGCCAUAACCAUAAUUUUUUGCUGAUUGAGGCUAACCAAAUCAUUGUGAACCUAAAAAGUUUUUAACACUGCAAUAAUAAGGUGCAGUUAGGGUAUUUAUUAUAUAACUUUGUCUGUGGCAGGUGUAUCGAGGGUAUUUAGUGAGGAAGAGGCUGGGUCAGAUGAGGACGGAGAGAGAGGAGAGGGAGGAGGGAGAGAGAGCCGGGAUAGAGAAGGAGGAGGAGGAGGAGGAGGCUGGAGCUCAACCAGUACACACAGCAGGAUAUGACACGAGUAGUGGAGAGAGGAGAAGGGUGCUGGAGGAGAGGCUAAGGGAGUCUGAGCAGCGAAGUCGACAGCUAAAGUCCUGGAGUGGAGUCCACCUGCAUGGAGUGGUACCGUCGGAGGUCCUACAGAGAGACAGAGAGAGAGUGGCUCUCUAUAGACAGAAGACCAAAGCUGCUCUCAUCAUACAACUGGCAUGGAGGAGGUAUAUUAGACAGAAGAGGAGAAUGAUGGCUCUGGAGGCUCAGGCUAGAGUAAUGCAGAAGGGGAGCAGGGAGUGGAGGAGGGAGCUGGCAGCCCUGGUCAUCCAGUUGGCCUGGCGGCAGUACCAGAGGCGUCAGCUGCUGGCCAGAGCUCUCCGCAGGCAGAGGAUCCUUCACGACUGGACACCCAGUGUCAUGGCUGCCAGACAGAAGGCACUCGUCCAGAAAGUCUACAGUAACCCUUUCCCUCUCUGCCCUCGUUCCUCUUCUCCUUUUUUCAUCUCUUCUUACUCUGACUUUCCUUCUUCUUGCCCCAUCACUUUACAUUGAGACUGCAAACAAGUUCCAUGGUGUAUGCGUGUGCACAGCAACCUACUCACACCAAGAACAUUUCAGAAACAUUAUUGGAUGACACUGCUAGCUGUGAAAAAAGUGUCCGAUUUGAAGUUCCUCACACUACACUACAGUAGAACCUCCGAUAGGGGACACAGUAGGCCAUCUCAAUAAAGGACACACUUUGAGGUCCCAAACGUUCACUUUUCUACGAUUGUAGUAUUAUGGUACAUUAUUAACCUCCAAAGAGAGGACAACCUCCCUCUAUAGGACAAAAUGCCUGGUCCCAACGUGUCCAUUAUUCGGAGGUUCCACUGUACACACUGUCUAGUAGUGUCUACUCUCCUUCAGUGUAAUCUGCAGCUUAACAUGUAUCACUAAGUACGGUAGUACUGUACUUAGUAUAUACUUCUUUUCACCUGUGCACAGGUCAGCGCGCUGCAGGCCACCCACUACGAACCACCCAAGCCGCGGCCAAUGGUCAGACCUGCCUACCUGCACUAUAUCCCAUCUCCCGCUGCUCUCUCCUUCAACUUUGCUCUGACCCAGUACCAACCAAACAUACCUCACUCACACACCACCUGCUAGGAGAUUUUAUAUGAUGUGUCUUUGUAAACUUGAUUACAAUACAAAAGGCUAUUUGUGGUUAGCUGACGUUC